UCACUAGAGCUCUCGCGUUCUCAAUUUAAAAUUAUAUACUUUUUAGAUUGUCUAUUCCAAAUUCUUUUUUUUUUUUUUUUCAAAAUGUUUCGGAUACUGAGAUGUUCGUUGAUUUUUUUGAUAGCGGUCAGCAUGGUCAAUUUUAGGGUGUUCACGAGAGCCAUGUCGACGGUGUCCAAGUCGUUCAGCGCCCAGGGCGUCGUCUCCGAUGUCAUCCCGGUGGCUCCAGCGGCUCUUGCUGCCGUGAAAUACCCCAGCGGAGCGGUCGUGAGCGAAGGCAAUGUGCUCACUCCCACGCAAGUCAAGGACAUCCCGCAAAUCAGCUGGAAUGCCAGCCCGGACAAAUACUACACCGUCGCCAUGACUGACCCCGACGCGCCAUCCCGUGCGGAGCCUAAGUUCCGCGAAUGGCACCACUGGCUGGUCGGCAACGUGCCCGGCAACAACGUGGCCGCCGGCGAGACGCUGUCCGCGUACGUGGGCUCCGGGCCCCCGCAGGGCACCGGCCUUCACCGCUACGUGUUCCUGGUGUACCAGCAGCCCGGCAAACUCAACUUCGACGAGCCCAGGCUACCUAACACAUCCGGUGACAACCGCGGAGGGUUCUCCAUCCACAAGUUCGCGACCAAGUACGGUCUGGGCGCCCCCAUAGCCGGUAACUUCUACCAGGCCGAGUGGGACGACUACGUGCCGAUCCUGUACAAGCAGCUCGGCGCCUAAGGACCAGGCUUGGAUCUUAACAUCUGUAACUUAAGCUUAACACGUUUUUGGGUAGUGGAAUGUCUCGAAAGUAAUAUUAUAUCUUUUCAGUGGUUUGAAUUUUGACCACUACACUAAUAUUUGGAUAUCUAUAGUUCUGAAUUCCGAUUUGGAUUUUCUGGAAUCUGGAAUUUCUGUGACCCAUAUUCAUGACUGAAUUUAUUUAGAAUAGACAUUCGAUACGGGAUUUCAGAUGUAUGCAACUAUGUACCAUUUUUUUUUUAUUCUUCACCGACCCCUAUGGGCAUUUUCAUUUUAACUUAUACUUUAAUGCGCGACUUACGUUGUUUUUAAGUCACGUCUAAACGUGAUUCCUGAUAAAAUGUUUAACAUUGACCGUCAGUUUUGUGACGAUUGCUAACGGGCGGUAACGGUACACAGUCAAGUAAAAACGCCCCUAUGAGACUUAGUUAACCGAGCGAAGCGAGGCCUACUAUGAUCUAAGUUGGCCUGAUAUUUUAACAAGUAUGAUUAUACAAACAUGUUAGCAGAGCUCCAUACUCGAAAAACAAUUUUCGCAAAUAAUCAGUAUUACUAUCCACAAACGUGUUAAUAGCGAGACUUUAGGCGUAUAGAACUUAAGAUUUUUAUUACUGUAGUCUUACGAAUAAGAUUAAAAACAAUAAUUCGCGUCCAAGUCUAUGGACUGAAAUCGUAAAUAAUUGGCAUAAUAAUGUAUUUCUAAAGUUAAACUUUAAAAGUAAAAGAAUCGGCUGGAACGAAUGUUUCCUGUUUUUGUGAAGAUCCAAAAUAGUUUUUAAGCAUUUCAAGACAUUUAUUUGCGCAUUUAUCUCCAUACAUAACACUUGUAACCUGUCCUACUUUUAAAACACGAUUCAAUGUUAGUGUUCUCAUUGGGACAUCAUCACUGUGGCGUGGAUAUGUAAAUCCAUGUUGGUUUAUCCUAGAUACAAGAGCUUUUUAAUCACAACGUAUGCGUAAUCCUGUUCUGGGGGAAUGGCAAUAAAUAAUUAACACAGAA